AUGUUUUAUUUUAUAUUUUUACUAUUAUUGAACAUUGUCUGUAACUAUGGAGUAAAUGCUUUGGAGAAUGAAAAUAUUGAACCGGUGUUUGAAAAAUUGAUUGAAUAUGUGAAUCAAAAUCCAGGCUUUGGAUGGAAAGCAGGAAUUAAUAGUCGUUUCAGAAAUUUAAAAGAUACUCAAAAAUUGUUUAGAAAUAACAUUAAAAUUAAAGAUUCAGGUGGAAAACAAAUUCAAACAAUUUCCCAUAGAAAUGUGGAUAUGGUUAUACCUCAUUCAUUUGAUGCAAGAGACCGUUGGGUAAACUGUUCAACUAUCAAACAUAUUCAUGAUGAAUGUUGCUGCAGAGCAGAUUGGGCAUUUGCAACGGUCGACUCAAUUAGUGAUAGAAUUUGUAUUUAUUCAAAUGGUAGAGUUUCUGUACAACUAAGUGCUCGUGAUGUUAUAAGCUGUGGUUUUAGCGCAGGGUGUUCUCAUGGAAAUGAAAUAGAAGUUUUAAUGUACUGGAUUGUAAAUGGUAUUGUUACCGGUGGGUCAUAUGAAGAUCAAAGUGGCUGCCAACCUUAUCCUUUUUCAAAAUAUCCUGAGUGCAAAGACGUAAAUUAUGAGUUCCCACUGUGUACGAGCGAAUGUCAAGAUGGUUAUAAUAAGACAUACGAAGACGAUAAGUUUUAUGGUGAAAAUAUUUACAAUGUUUAUGAUAAUCAAGAGGAUAUUCAAAAAGAAAUUCUGAUGAAUGGUCCAGUGAUAGCAAGUAUUUUUGUGAAAACAGAUUUUUUGAUCUAUAAAUCAGGAGUUUAUUUACCAACACCUAGAUCAAGUAAUUUAGGUUGGAUAAAUUUACGAAUAAUUGGUUGGGGUUAUGAAGGAACAACACCUUAUUGGUUAUGUGCAAAUUCAUGGAGUAAAGAAUGGGGUGAUAAUGGAUAUGUAAAAGUUCAACGUGGAAUACAAGCAGGUUAUAUUGAAUCAUAUGUUAGAGCACCAAUUCCAAAAAUAUAG